CUUUGGGGUAGGGAGUUGGAGGACCUGGGUCCGCUGGGUUGGUAGCUUCCACUAUUGUGUGGUGUGUAGAUAUGGGUCAUGAGCAGAACCAAGGAGCUACGCUUCUACAACUGCUGCGACUUCUGUGGCUGCUGCCCCAUUCCUGGGUCGUCUCUGAAGCUGCUGCUUCAGUGUGGCGGGAUGACCUCCAAAAUCACACGUUCCUACACACAGUGUUCUGCCAGGAUGGGAGCCCCAGCGUGGAACUCUCUGAGACCUAUGAUGAAGACCAGCUUUUCUCCUUCGACUUUUCCAAGAACAUUCGAGUGCCUCGCCUGCCUGAAUUUGCUGAAUGGGCUAAGGAUCAGAGAGAUACCUCUGCCAUUUUAUUUGACAGAGAGUUCUGCCAGACAAUGAUCCAGCAAAUAGGCCCACAACUUUAUGGGAAAAUCCCAGUAUCCAGAGGGUUCCCUAUCGCUGAGGUGUUCACAAUGAAGCCCCUGGAGUUUGGCAAACCCAACACACUGGUCUGUUUCAUCAGUAAUCUCUUCCCACCCAUGCUGACGGUGAAUUGGCAGCAUCAUUCUGUCCCUGUGGAAGGAAUUGGACCUACUUUCGUGUCAGCUGUCGAUGGACUCAGUUUCCAGGCCUUUUCUUACUUAAACUUCACACCAGAACCCUAUGACGUUUUCUCCUGCAUUGUGACUCAUGAAAUUGACCGCUACACAGCAAUUGCUUAUUGGGUACCUGAGAAUGCACUGCCCUCAGAUCUUCUGGAGAAUGUGCUGUGUGGUGUGGCCUUUGGCCUAGGUAUUCUGGGCAUCAUUGUGGGCAUCAUCCUCAUCAUCUACUUCCGGAGGCCUUGCUCAGAUGGUAUAUUGAUUCUUCCUGACCAGAGUUUGAUGCCAACAACUUUGUCCAUCCAAACAGAGGGUGCUCAGGUUUCUCACAUCCUGCCCAGGAUCUCCCUUCAUCAGAUCAGAAGUCCCUGGGACUCCCCCCAGACUCUCCUGUUGUCAGAGACUUUGUGGGGAAAGCAGGUGGCUUUGUGGCCCAUGUGGAAAGUACCUGUCUCUUGGAUGAUGAUGGAUCUCCAAAGGAUUUCACAUAUUGCAUCUCCUUCAACAAGGAUCUGCUGACCUGUUGGGAUCCAGAGCAGGACAUGAUGGCCCCUUGUGAAUUCGGGGUGCUACAUGGCUUGGCCGUUUACCUCUCAGAUUUCCUCAAUAAACAGGAAAACCUACUCCAGCGCUUGCGCAAUGGGCUACAGGACUGUGCCACACACACCCAGCCCUUCUGGGAACCACUGACCCACAGGACACGGCCACCAUCUGUGCAAAUAGCCCGAACCACUCCUUUUAACACGAGAGAACCUGUGAUGCUGGCCUGCUAUGUGUGGGGCUUCUAUCCAGCUGAUGUGAUCAUCACAUGGAGGAAGAACGGGCAGCCUAUCAUCCCUCACAGCAGUGCCCAGAAGACUGCCCAACCCAAUGGAGACUGGACAUACCAGACCCUCUCCCAUUUAGCAUUAACCCCCUCUUAUGGGGACAUCUACACUUGCGUGGUGGAGCA